AUGGCGUCACUCCUCCCCUUUUUCGGCUGGGCCGUUCUCCCCAAUUAUGCCACUUCCUUCUUGCAAAGCGUCUACUAUGGCCUCACAAUCCGAGCCGGCGAGCCACGGCCCCUCCCACAAACCCCCCGCUUCGAAAGACACCGCCGCCGCAUCUUCCUGGUGGUAAUCGUCAGCUACCUCCUCUACACGCUCUACGAGACCUUCCACCAAGUACAAGUCGCAGGCGACUACUACAAGGUUCUGGGAGUCUCGCCAUUCGCCGAUGAGAGGGUCAUCAAGUCGCGAUUCCGUCGCAUGGCGGCGCAGCAUCAUCCCGAUAAGAUUGGGGCGGACGGACACCUCGCCGGAUCAGAGAUCUACUUUAUGUUUCUGCGGCAGGCGCAGGAGACGCUCACUGACCCGGUGAAGCGGUUUGCGUAUGAUCGGUUUGGGCCGGAUAUGCAGAAAUGGGGCGAGUUGAAGACGAUGCAGGAGUUUGUGCUUGCUUCGUUGACCCGCUCGGUGCUGCCGCAGUAUGCGAUUGGGUUUGUGACAAUGCUUGUGUUGAAUUGGUUGUGGUGGGCGAAUUGGGGCCGUUAUGUAAGUUCCUCAGAUUCAAUCGGUGCUAUGUUGGAGCAAACACAGCUGACCCAACUCGCACAGUGGCGCUUCUACACCUUCGCCGCAAUGCUCACCCUCGAACUAUCCAUCAUGACCCACCCGCAGGCAGUCUUCAUGCCAACCGCCUACCUGCCUUCCGCACUCCGUAGCUUGUUCCCACAAGAGCAAUUCUACCUCCUCCCCUUCCAGAUUCUGACGCUCGCCCGCCGGGCAUCGAUCACACUGCACAUUUUCAUUUCGCAAGCAGCGCCGCCGGGUGUCGGGACCGUGGAAGGGACGGGGGGUAUCUCGCGACAGACAAUGCAGCAGGUUGCGCAGUUAGUGCAGACGUCUCGGCAGACGGACUUUGAGGCGACUAGGAUGCUGCAUCUAGGACAGGCGCCCUUCCGCGGUGAUAAGGAAAGUGUUAGUGCGUUGCGCCGGGGGAUGCAGGAGGGUUUGAUUCUUGGGGGUGUUCGGAGUAGUCCGGGGGUUCAGCAGGCUAUUUCGCAGGUUAUGCAGCGGCGGCAGGCUGAGCAGGAGAGCCAGUAG